CUUUUUGAGGGGAGGAGCCUUUUUUUUAAGAAACACCUGUGUUCGGGGCGGCGUCUUCAACAUUUCAUGCAUCUUGUCUCCACUUUCAGCGAGAGCUGAUACGUUUGAGAUAAAACUUUUAAGGCUGCUGGAUGAUGGAUGGAUGAGAGAGGCAUUCCCAAAGAGAUAUGGAGCCAGGGUUGAAGCUGGAGUCAACCUUGUGGGUCGGCAAUAAACGACACCGUGUCGUGCUGACAGGCUGGAAAUUCAACUGGACCGAGGUAGAUAAGAAGAAUCGCGAUAAGAAAACAAUUUCAGUGUCCGUGGCGGAGAUCAUUGGUGUGGAGGAUGGACGAGUUACUAUCCUGCCCCACAAGUCUGCAGAGGACACAGAUAAAGACUUCACUGUUUUCUAUGUGAAUCGUAUCAGAAGUGGGAGCUCUCAUGGGUUGCUAUGGAGACUGGGGCAGACCCAGUUUAGCUGUCCUAGUCGUGUCCUCCGAGACCAGUGGACCAAACAUCUGAGAGCUGCUCUCAGAACUCACAGUCCUUUGCGUCCUAGCAGAUUGUUGGUGUUUAUUAACCCGUUUGGAGGGAAGAAGCAAGGAAAAGACAUCUAUCAGUCUCUGGUCGCUCCUCUUUUUGAGCUGGCUGGCAUCAGCUGUCAUGCUAUAGUUACUGAGCAGGCAAACCAGGCUCGAGACCACUUGCUGAAGAAGGACCUGACAGGCUUCGACGGUGUGGUGUGUGUCGGCGGGGACGGCAUGUUCAGCGAGGUGCUCCACGGUGUGAUUGGACGAACGCAGCAAGAGGUUGGCCUCAGCGAGAACGAUCCCGGUGUUACAUUGCAGCCAUGUCCGCUUCACAUUGGCAUCAUCCCUGCAGGCUCCACAGACUGUGUGUGUUACGCCACUGUGGGAGUGAUCGACCCUAUCACGUCAGCAUUGCACAUCAUCAUUGGUGACUCUCAGCCUUUAGAUGUGUGCUCAGUGCAUCACGCCAACAUUCUGGUGCGCUACUCUGUGUCCCUGUUGGGUUAUGGCUUCUAUGGGGACGUGCUGGCCGAGAGUGAAAAGCACCGCUGGAUGGGACCGCUCAGAUACGACUACGCUGGCACUAUGGUGUAUCUGAACAACAGGAGCUAUGCAGGCAUUAUUCAGUUUCUGCCAGCCGACCCACUGCUUUCCAGCCCCAGGGACAAAACCCGCUGCCUCUCAGGGUGCAGUGUUUGUUCCAGGAGCACAGAGAGACUUUUCCCGCACUGUCUGGAUUCUAGCUCGCUCUACAACUCCCACCUCAGCCAAAUCAGUAGUGACUCAGAUGGUGACUGGGUGAGCGUGGAGGGGAAGUUCAGGUGUGUCUCUCUCGCUUGUAUGUCCUGCUCGUGUCCCAGAAGCCCACUCGGCCUCUCUCCAUCCGCUCACCUGGCGGACGGUACAGGGGACCUGAUCCUUGUGUGGGACAGUCAUCCACUGGCUUUCCUCAAGUACCUCUACAGGCAGACAAGCACACAAGACCGAUUUGAUAUGCCAUUUGUGGAAGUCCACCGUGUGAAGGCUGUUCGCUUCUCUGUGUCGUCCAACGAAGAGGAGGGAACGUACAAGGAGGUACGAACGCCGAGUGAAGUAGAAGCAGCAGCUGCUGCAGAAGAAGGUGUGGAGGACUUAAGCAGGAGUGGAUCUCAGCAGCACCUGACAGAGAAACCCGCGGGACAUCCGAAGGCAACGUGCACCCCUCUCUGCGGGCUGUGCUGCAGAAAAGCCCCACAUUUGUCCGUGUGGAACUGCGAUGGAGAGAUUCUGCCGUUUACCGAUAUCCUCUGCAGGAUUCACGGCCAGCUGGUGCGCCUGUACGCCAGAGGCAUCGAAGACGCGGCGGCCAUGCACGCCUGCAAAGAAGAAAUGGUGAAACGUGAGAGACAAUAAUGACCAAUGAUUGCGAUGAAGUGCCCGGAGAGGAAAGAGGAAGCGACACGUGAGCAUGAACGGGUGUUUGCCAAAUGUCAUUUCACUGCAAUUUUAAGAAUUUAUAUAAUAAACUAUCUUACAAAUGUGAA